AAAAGGAAAAAGGAAGGGAAAAAGAAACAAGGAGACAGGAACAGUUGCUGCUUUUGGACUUUUUGUGUAGUAGCAGAAAAGAAAAUUAAUCUGAGUCUGAUACUAUUUUGUAAACUAAUAUUUUUUUUUUAUAUGUUAUCUAGCAAGAAUAUUGUGAGGGUGUAAGUUACUGUGUGGGAGAUGCUGAGAUAUGGGGGCUGUGUUAGAAACAAGCACCCAUCUGUAUGGCUCUGCAAACAUGAAACAAAACUACCCUAUAUCAAUGUUUGCAUACACCAAUACAACGUUAUGUUAACAUAUUUGAAUGCCAGUACCCCAGUGUGAAGCUUUUGCCUUACCUAGAAGAAAAGCCACUUUGCAAUAGAAAAUUACACUACUGUAACUUGCACAAAUGCAGUUUCAUCCUGCAAGGCAGCCUGUUCUAGGUAGGUACCGUGCACUGCAUCUGAGCACAGCUUUCAUCACUUUGCCAAAGCCUCUUCGGUCAUUUGACUGUAUUAACUUCCUUGUGCAGUUUGCUACACUAGCUGGAUGGUUCUAAUGGGCAUAGCAUACUGUUCCAGUUCACUUUCCAACUUCACAUGUGGCUACGUGUGGUGCUUUUUGAUGACAAAUUCUGCAUGUAGGCAGAGGCCAGAGGCUGGGCCCUGCUUACUUCAGGAGUUGCAGAAGUCGGUGGCUGACGGUUGAAUCUCAAACCUCCUAAGAGACUGACUGCAUGUGUAUUUUCAGAUGCACCCCUCCUUGUGAGCAGCAGAAACCUGGGAAGAUGAGAAGCAGCAGCUUAAGCCCGGUUCCUGAGAUGUGAAGAUGAAGAUUAAGCCUGGUUCUACAAUCUGAGAUGCAGUAGAUGGUGCUGAAGCAACACUGAGGCUCCUGAAAUAUCCACAGUCCAGUGUGUAUACAGAAAGUGCCUGCUGGCUCUCUCCCAAACAUUGACCGUCCUGUGUCUUCAAAAGAUGCACUCUGGGACAAGAAAACACUGACUAUAAAGGCAUAUUAGAAAUGUCUUGAGUAUAAAUUUACAUAAGUUCUAAAAAUGGGAAGAAUUUUUCUGGAUCAUAUUGGUGGCACUCGCCUGUUCUCCUGUGCAAACUGCGACACGAUUCUGACCAAUCGUUCUGAGCUCAUCUCCACUCGUUUUACAGGGGCCACAGGAAGAGCCUUUCUUUUUAACAAGGUGGUAAAUCUGCAAUACAGUGAAGUUCAGGAUCGGGUCAUGCUCACUGGCCGCCACAUGGUUCGAGACGUGAGCUGCAAGAACUGCAACAGCAAACUGGGUUGGAUCUAUGAAUUUGCCACUGAAGACAGCCAGCGCUACAAGGAAGGCCGUGUUAUCCUGGAAAGAGCGUUGGUUCGAGAGAGUGAAGGAUUUGAGGAGCAUGUUCCAUCCGACAAUUCCUGAAGAGACUUGAGUCUCUCCUCAGGUUCUCUUCAGUUGAAACUCAAAAAUAAUAAAAUCAACAAAAAAAUCUGCUUACAUACACUGUCACCUUAGCAUCAGAGUCGGAUUCAUGGACUACAGAGUGGGAAAGAUUGUGAGAGUAUUUCAGAUGGAACCUUCAUUUCUUUAUUCCUUUUAUAUUUUACUUUCCCUCCAGCAGCUGUUUGUAGAAAGAAUGUUGUGCAGAUGCUGUAACUUUUUCUCUCUUGCAUUUACAUCUGUUAGAUUUGAGAUUGUAUCUACAGAUACAGUGGGCUGAAAGGAAAAUAUUUGGGGGAUUUGUCUUUUGUUAGAGAGAAAUUCAAUGAGUUCUUUUAGUUUGCACAAACUGAUGUCAGCAUAAAGUUAUUUUAAAACUACAGAUGUUUUUUAAAAACUAUAUUCCAAUUUUUGGCUUAAGAUUUUAGUUAGGGUUGGAUUGUUGUUUUUUUUUUUUUUACCCAGUCUUUUCACCUGAUUUGCUAGCUAAAGAAAAGCGAUCCGAAUUUGUGCCGAGUGCUAAAGGUUCAGUGUUGGUACAGCUUGGGCUGGCCCUUGUGCCAUAUUCUUGUUGAGGUUGAUUGGUAGCACAGAGCCCAUUAUUUCUUGUCAUUCUUGACCCAAAGAUGUCACCAUUCCUUGUUUGUUUGUGAAGUCCCAUUCACCAUGUAAACUGGUGUUGAUUGGAAACUAUUCUUGAAAUAGGGCAAAACUGCUUGGCUUUUUUUAACUUUAACUGAUGUAACUUAUAAGCAUAGUAAGAAUAUUAAAUAAUAGUUGUCUGUUUAGUCUUGCGUUGCUUACAAAUCAAGCUGUGUUUGUAAUGAUAGGGAACCACGGAGAAACUACUGUUUCGGUAGUAAUUUUUUUUUUUGAUUCUCUACUAAUCUCAUUAACUAGACAGGGAAUUGCAAAUCUUAAUUCUUCCAGUAGUUUUCUUUAAACCCAGACCUUCCUAUGUUAAACACAGCUGCUGUGUAAAAGGAGAAGAUUGCCAGCAUGUUUGUUCAUGCCUAGAGUUACGCAAUCUGUAUCUCUUGAAAAGAUUAACUUAAACAGCUUGUUUUCAAAUGCUGCUUCUGGUGUUGAAACCUUUAUCUUUCAUCUUCGUUGAACCUUUUCAUUGUGAUGUUACAUUUUUAUCUUUCUGGGCAGCAGUACAUGUCAGCCUAGUAGUAACUAGUGACUUGGAUUCUUGCUUUCUUCUUGUAGAGGUCAGCUCUGUUUAAAACGGUGAACUUGCUUGCCUUUUUAUGAAAAAUGCUUUUCAUUAACUUAACUCAAGGGUGCCCAAACACUUUCAUUGUGUCUUAAGCCAUAAGUUCAGAUCUCAAGGGCUGAAGUUUAUUUGAUUGUUAGAUAUGUAUGAUUCCUUAUCAAAGAUACAAGUCUAUUUUUUGUUAUUACUGGAUAAAUUGUGAUCAAUGUAAUAAGUUAUCCACAGCAGUACAAGGGGGACGGACGGACGGGG